AUGAUUUUACUAGGAGCUAACGUACUAAUUCAAGAUAACAUGAAAGUUGAUGGAGCUCACAGGAUGGAUCUUCAACUCAGUGGAGACUAUCAGUUUUGUUUUGACAACUCGUUCAGUUAUCAGUCUCGUAAGGUAGUUUUCUUCGAAGUUUUCCUUCUGAAUGAACAAGGUCAGUUAGAUCAGCUGGAUUACUCGAGGACGGCUCAACACGAUGUCGAUCUUGAGAAAAAGAUGGAGGAGUUAGGCGUCACUGUAACAGGAUUCCGUCUCUUCCUUCGAAGGCAUGAGGCCCCGAAUCGUGCAGUGAUGAUGCUAAUUUUGGAUCGCAGUGAAGCGUUCUGGAGCUGUACGCAUGACGCUCGUCUAUGCUAG